AACGAACUUCAGAGUGAAAGUAUCUGCUGAGCGAGACGCAGUCGGGAGGACAGCAUUUUAAUGGGCAUGGAUUUUGUGUAUGUCGUGGAAAUGGUGGAGGUCGUGGGCAUCGCACUGGGAGUCAUAGGAUUAAUACUGACCAUUGUGAUCUGUGCUCUCCCCACCUGGAUAGAGACAACCUUUAUAGCAGGUAACGUUGUCACCACAAAGGUGGUCUUGAACGGCCUGUGGAUGUGCUGUUUGACCCUAGGCACGGGUCAGACACGGUGUGAGAUGGACAACUCCAUGUGUUUUUUUCCCGAUCUUUGGAACUAUUGGGGACAUGUUCUGGAGCCUGCCAAAGCCAUGAUCCUCACUGCCAUCAUCCUGGGGGUUCUGGGGGUCAUGUUCUCCAUGGUUGGUGCCAAGUGCACCGACUGCAUCAAAGACAAAACAUCUCAGGCCAAGUUGAUAAUUAUCGCUGGAAUACUUUUCAUCCUGGCCGGAAUUCUCAUCCUCAUCCCUGUUUCCAUGGUAGCUAGAUCAAUUAUCAGAUACUCCUCCGAACGGAUCAAAGCUGUGUUGGGGGCCUCGCUGUACUUCGGCUGGGUGGCGGCUGCCCUGCUCCUGAUUGGAGGGGUCACACUGUGCAUCACUGUGGGAGUCUUUGGGUGGAUGAUGGGAAUCUUUGGAUGGAUAGCCUCCCUAGUGCCCUGUGCUCUCUAUAUAUUGCGCCCAUUCCGUUUUUUUCCUGAGCCCCCCUUUAGGGACAAAUGGAUGCUUCUGAUGCCAACCUUCAUCUCCACCAUCCUGGGAGCUCUAGGAGUGAUGGGGUCCAUCUUUGGGACCAGGUGCUGUAACUGCAUCAAGAGUAACAGGACCAGGGUCAAGGCCAGGUUCAUCGUUGGAAUGUUCUUCAUCCUGGCCGGUAUCCUGCAGCUCACCACUGAAUUUGUUAUUGUCCAUUACUUGAUAACGGAUGUCCACCUGCAGCUCACAUAUCUCGUCAUUCAUCCAAUCAACUGGGUUAUUAUGUUAGCUGAAUUGAGUUGCUGGUCCGCCUGCAUGCUCCUGAUAGGAGGGACCAUACUCUGCUGCUCCAUAUUCAAGAGGAACCAACCAGACUUAACAAUGACCCAAUCAACCUCCCGCUAACAGCUCUGUCUUCAACAGGUCAUAUAGGACUUUAUGUCAUAUUGUGUUGGGAUCAUAG